UUACAAAACAUAAAUAACAAUUUUUAGUUUAUAAUUUGUAUUCGAUGAUUGCUGUUUCAAAAUGACCAACCACGGAGCUGAGGGGGCAGCAGCCAAUGCAGGUCCAGCCGCUUGGCACAAAUGGUGCCGCCUGUGCGCCAAGGAUCAUCCACAGAACGCAGACGUCUAUGCGAGGCAAGAGGACCAACAACAGUCCUCCUGGACGAGUAUGUUGGCCAUGGCCAUUGGCAAAUACUUCUGGGUGGAUAUCAAAAUGGAGGACGAGCUGAGCAACCACUUGUGUGUCGAGUGCUUUACGCUAAUGGAGUGCCUGAUUGAGUUCUCGGAACGUGUGCGACGCGUUCAGACGCUCUUCCAUAGAUUGCAGAACCUAAAGCAGGAUGGGUCUGUGGACUAUGAGGAGCUCCGAACGGACUGCGGCCUACUGACUGACGAGUGGAAGCAUGUCAUGUCGAGAGCAGUCACCGUGGCACCGUCUCGGCGCUUGCAGGAGAAAGUGAUGAAAGAGGCAGUACAAGAGGAGGUGCAGGCGGAGGUGGCGGAGGAGCCAGAGCAGGAUGUCAAAGCAGAAGAUGAAAACGUUGAGGCAGAGGAAAAUGCUGCAGGCUGCAUGGAGGAUGAAAUAAUAGAGGAGUGCUACGAGGAGGAGUCCGACAUAAUAGAAGAAAGCGAAGACGAGGAAUAUAAUGAGGAAGAGCCGCCAGAGACUCCGCUCGAUGUAGAACAUGACAAAAGCUCGCUCGCCAUGGACACAGAAUCGGAUGCGGAGGAUGACUCCGUGGCAAACUCGCAGGACGAGAAACCUACCAUUUACUCAUACAAAUGCGAAAUCUGUCGCAAACCCUACAAAAAACCGAAUGCAUACAAGCGGCACAUGCUGGAGGUGCAUAAUACCAUGCCCAACGACUUGCCAAAUCUCGACUGCAUGGAAUGCGGUGCAAGCUUUCCCACAGUGCCUCAGCUGCAGACCCAUCAGCGCAGCCACUUGCCGGCCAAGGACAAGGCGGACAAUCGCUGCCCCCACUGUUCGAAGCUUUUCACUACGCCGGGAACCCUCAAGCGCCACAUCGAAGGCAUCCAUCAGCAGAUAAAGCCUUUUAUUUGCGACAUUUGUGCCAAGAGCUUCAAUUUUCUUGCCGCGCUCAAUGAUCACAAGCUGGUCCACACCGACGAGUGUCCCUUUGAAUGCCCCAUCUGCCAUCGGGGCUUCAAGAACAAGGCCAGACUCAGGGUGCAUUCAGACACUCACAGUGCCACCAUCUACGAGUGCAAUAUCUGCGGACUGAAACUCAAGACGCGGCGAACCUUCAACAAGCACAAAAUAGUCCACUCCGACGAGCGGCAGUACAAGUGUGAGCUGUGCGGUGCGGAAUUCAAGCGUACCAAAACAUUAAAGUCCCAUCUCAUCCUGCACACGGGCAUACGGCCGUACAAGUGUAAUUUCUGCGACAAGGACUUCUCCAAUGGCUCAAACUGUCGAUCGCAUAAGCGUAAGGCGCAUCCCAAGGAGCUGGAAGAGGAGGAAUCCAAAGGCGUGACACGCUCCACACUUUUGCCCGUCAUCGCAGAGCUGGCAAAGGCCUCUAAACGCAUCAAAACUCCCGCCAAGCGCUUCAGAAAGAAGGCCAAAAAGAAUGGGAGUGCCAGUGAAUCUCCAGCCAAGGACACGGCAGCAGAGAAUGAGAUACUCUACGAACUGGUUGGGGAUCUGUGAGACCCCAUACAAAACGUAUUCAAUAGGAACGUAUUACAAUAAAGUUUAUUUAAAGACAAA